UGACCUAAAUUGGUUUCGAUGAACCCACCCACACAACUGUAAACCAAUCCAAAUUGCGUUCUUCAGUCCACCACACAGAGAGUGAGGUUUGAUUUCUUCAGUUACCAAUCGAUCGGCACCAUGUGCGCUGGACGCACGUCUGCAAUGGCCGUCGCCGGCAACUACUUGGGGUCGUCAUCGAUCCUUCAAAGAUCACUUUUUCAGGCGUUUCUUCCUCCCUCUCCUUCUUCUUCAUUUCGUGCCAUCUGCUUCAAUAAAUUCACUCGCUUUCUUCCACUCGCUUCUCCUUCCGCUUCCCGACCAGCUGGCUUGUGUCAACUAGCGCACGCUUUAAAGGGUGAUAUUGGUGGGUUGGUUAAAAUGAGUGGGGAGAAGAAUGCCAGUGAAGAAGUGAAGCACGUCCUUGAAAUGGCUAGAAGGGCUUCAUCUAGGAGGGAGAUUCUUACAUCUGAUUUUCUCACGCCACCUGUUCUUAAAGACUCUGUUUUGAUGUUGGAGAAGUUAGUAGACGUCAAAACAGUUGCACAAGGAGGAUACCCUCAGGCAGAGCGCUGUCGGCUUUCAGUUGGGCAUCCUGAAGUUUUGACUUCUGAGCCUGAUAUUGUUGCAGCUGUGAGUAUUUCAGGAAAUUUCGGGUUUCAACCAUGUUCUCAUGGCGACUUCCUCGGUUCAAUUCUUGGUACAGGGAUUGCAAGGGAGAAGUUGGGUGAUAUACUCUUGCAGGGAGAAAAAGGUGCCCAAUUUCUUAUUGUUCCAGAACUUGUGGAGUUCAUCUUGACAGCUUUAGGCAAGGUCGGUAAUGUUUCAGUUACAUGUAAAAAGAUACCAUUGCUCGCCUUGGAAUAUGAACCGCCCAAGACCAAAAUUUUCAAAACCAUAGAAGCAUCACUGAGGGUUGAUGCUGUAGCUAGCGCUGGAUACAAAAUAUCUCGCACCAAGCUAGGCGAUUUAAUAAGUAAUGGAGAUGUUCGAAUAAAUUGGGGAACAGUGAGUAAGAGCAAUACACUGGUUAAGAGUGGAGAUAUGAUCUCAAUGAGUGGGGAAGGAAGGCUGAAGAUUGGAGAAAUCAACCCUACGAAGAAGGGGAAAUUUUCAGUUGAGCUGAUCAGAUAUCUAUAGCAAUCUGAGUAUGUAUCUGAAUCAUUCCCUUCCCCUGUUUUGUAUUUGACAAGCCAAAAGAAACCCUAAUUUCAUCACUGUCAUAGUUUUUGUUAUCAAACACAUGAUCCCAGUUUGUAACAAAACAUCUCGGGCCCAAGAGUAUUGUGUAUAUCUAGGAGACAAUCUCAUCUUUAGAACUCC